GCAUGUGUGGCCCCAAAAGAUCCUUCGGUCGCGAAGAAACCUCGUAGAAGAAGGUGGUUUAGAUCCGGCAAACGAAAGAGCGGCUCCAGCCUCAAGUGCUCCGGCUGGACACGUGCGAACCGGCGCCGUUCACCCUUCCACGUGCAAAGACAUCCGGAUCUCGGAGGUGUAGGUUCCGCCCUGUUAAUUUUUUAUUUCCGUUUCAUUGGGAAGGGACGGCAGCUGACUGUGGAAGAAACAAGCGAGAAGCAUCAGGAGAAAAGGGGGAACGACUGCCUCAGCUUUUUGCUGUCAUUUUCUCUCUGUUGGAUCGCCUUCUUUCUCUUCUUCUACGCGUUUUUUUCUAUCAGAUUGGUCGGAGAUCCUGCGAGUUCUCUGCCGGCUGGGUGCAUUUAUCUUAGUUUCUGAUGGAACAACUCGUGAAUUUCAUUAUUCGUCCCCCGAGAGCUGAAUAUGACCCAAAAAAUGAUUUACUGGAUCAAGAAUUCAUGCUAAAAGGUAGAUGGUUCACGAGAAAGGACUUAGAGAUCACAAAUAGCAGAGGAUAUGUACUUCAAUGUAGCCACUAUGUUCCCCUUGAGGUUCCCGAAGGAAAGGCACUUCCCUGUGUCAUAUAUUGCCAUGGAAAUAGUGGGUGCAGGGCCGAUGCCAGUGAGGCUGCUAUUAUAUUACUUCCAUCAAACAUUUCGGUUUUUGCCCUUGAUUUUUCAGGAUCUGGACUCUCCGAAGGCGAGCAUGUUUCUUUGGGAUGGAAUGAAAAAGAUGAUCUGAGGGCAGUGGUGAAUCACUUAAGAACAGAUGCAAAUGUCUCUUGCAUUGGUUUAUGGGGGCGCUCGAUGGGCGCUGUUACAAGUUUGAUGUAUGGAGCUGAAGAUCCAUCCAUUGCAGGAUUAGUACUUGAUAGCCCAUUUUCUAAUCUUGUGGAGUUAAUGAUGGAGCUUGUAGACACGUAUAAAUACCCGUUACCAAAAUUCACCGUCAAGCUUGCUAUACAACAUAUGCGUAAGAUUAUCAAGAGGAAGGCAAACUUCGACAUUAUGGAUCUGGAUGCAAUUCAGCCAGCAAAGUGUUGUUUUGUUCCGGCUUUGUUAGGACAUGCCACUGAUGAUGACUUCAUACAGCCACAUCAUUCAGACCGUAUAUAUGAUGCUUAUGCUGGGGACAAGAAUAUUAUCAAGUUUGAUGGUGAUCACAACUCCCCACGUCCACAAUUCUACUUCGAUUCAAUUACCAUUUUUUUCCAUAAUGUUCUAAAUCCUCCAAAGGAUCUUCCUGAUGAACACUACUUUCAUACCAUGCAUGACUAUUUUGAUCAGCAGGACAAUUGGCAUACUAUAAAUGAUAUUGAAUAUAGAAAUCAGAGAGUUAUGGAAUCAGCUGCAGGACUCACAGCAAGCAGUACAGAGGAUGCUAUUUCUCAACUUCGUUCCAGAAGACCUAUGAGUCGAAUGGAGGUCCCUUCUGAUAUUCAAUGCUCCGAAAGCAUGCAUGGCCAUGAGGAAAAUGAAAGUGAAUCUGAUCUUGGUUCAUCUUCUAGACGGGAUAGCGAUGCCCUUCCAAACGGUCACAGCAGAGCCCGAACAGAUAAUGAAUACGUGGAGUGUUCUCUUUAUGGAGUAUCAGAUAUGCCAACUACUAUUGAAGAUGAAGAGAGGAUGAUUAUGGAAGCUAUAAUUGAGUCCUUAAAAGAUUUGAAACAAGACAAAUCCACCCAGGAAGCUGAUCAAUCCUUUGGAAGUUCGACACUAUCCGUCGCACCAGCUUCUACAACAGCCUCCAAUGAACCCUCAGAUGCUGGGGGCUCCAGGUAUGUACCUACAAAUUCCAAGCCAUCGGCGGAACCGGCUUUGUAGGCUUCAGGUUCAGGUGAGUCCGAGCCAUUGCCGGCCAAGAAAAGUUCCAAUGUAAAGAACAUUUUGAGCAAUAAUCAGAAUUUUGGAGGUGGAAGCAGCUCA